AUGAUCGAAGACGUCGAAUUAAGAAGAAUAUUUCCAAGUGAAUUUCCUCAGGAUACUAUAAGAAAAAGUGGCAUUUUGGAUCCUGAACAUCUAGGUCGUUAUCUUGAAUUAAGUAACUAUUUUAAAUAUCCGAAGUCUAAGUUGAACAGUCAUUUCGAAGAAUUAGAUUGUUAUAAUAAUGAAAAUGGAAGAAAAGUAUGUAUGAUAGACACAAAUCAAUUUUCACCUGAUGAAGAACAAUACAUGGCGUCAGAUCUUACAAGUUAUACUGACAGACGUAGGUUCGUUGUACUCGCUCUAGCAGCUGCUGUGUGUGCUGCACCGCAAAAUCCUCAAGAUGUUCAAAUCUUACGUUACGAUACCAAUAACGACGGCCUCGGUGCUUACAGUUUCGCAUGGGAGUUAUCUGAUGGUAGUAAACACGAAGAAGCAGGGCAAUUAAAGAACCAAGGAACUGAAAACGAAGCUAUUACGGUUCAAGGAAAAUAUUCUUGGGUCGCUGAUGACGGUGUUUUGUACACAGUAACUUACAUUGCUGAUGAAAACGGAUUCCAGCCCCAAAUAGAACAAGGACCAGGCGGCGCUAUACCUCCUGCUGUAGUAGCGUCCCUACUCGGCUAAAUAUCUAAAUUUAUGUUAAAAACAUAGAUUGUAAAUAGCUCAAUACUCAUGAACUGUAUAUAACAUUUAUGUACUGUUUCUUAGACUAAUGUUAAUAUAGUCAAUAUUAUUUA